AUGCAAAAUUUAAGAAAUUGCUUGUCAAAGUUACUGAGGACGGAAUUUAACUUAAAAUUACAAACAAAAUUACUCCCAGCGGCAAUUCAUAGCUCGCCAAUUAAUAAAUUGUAUUCACUUGAGGACAAUGAGACUGAUAAAGAUGGACCUAGGAAGUGGCUCAAGUACAAUGAGAUUGUUUUGCCACCUCAAAAACCUGGAGAACCACGACGUCCCGCUUAUGUAUGUCAUGUAAAAAAAAAUAUUAAAUAUAGUCCGAAAACAAUGUGGUAUAUCGCAUGUCUGGUCAGAGGAAUGUCAAUAGAUGAGGCCAUUCGGCAAUUAAGUUUCCUCUGUAAAAAAGGAGCUGUCGCUGCUAAGGAAACUUUGAUAGAAGCUCAGCAACUUGCUGUUGAGAAACAUAAUGUUGAAUUCAAGAGCAAUUUGUGGGUUUCCGAGUCAUUUGUUGGAAAAGGAGUGACUGUCAAAGGAAUAAGAAGACAUGCUCGCGCGCGUAUGGGUCGCGUUGAUUACAGACAUGUUCAUUAUUUUGUUAAAUUGGAGGAAGGAAAGCCUCCAAAAAAUUAUUAUUUACCCGAACCUCAGACUAAAGAAACAUUGUUGGAAGAGUGGCUCGAUCAAAUGCGCCACCGUAAGAUAACUAAUACUUUAUAA